AUGACCCCGCUCAUAGCAUUCUUUGUGCUCCUACUGCUGGCAGUGCACCGUUAUGUGAUCAGAUCACUAUAUUUGAACAAACUGAGUAAAAUUCCGGGCCCCAAGCUAUAUGCAAUCACUAAAUGGCGCCUUGCACUGGAGGAUUGGCGAGGACUUCGGACGCAGACGAUUGAUGCUUUACACAAGCAGUACGGGCCAAUCAUACGGAUCGGACCGAACGAGAUUCAUUGCAAUAGUCUUACCGCCUUGAAGACCAUCUAUGGGGCGGGUAGCGGGUUCGAGAGAACCUCAUUCUACUCCAUGUUCGAUGUGUAUGGCAGACAGAAUCUUUUCACAUUCUCCAGCAGCAAGGCGCAUGGCGAUCGCAAGAAAUUGGUCGCCAAUGGCUAUGCAAAGUCGGUCGUCAUGCGCAACUGGAGUGCGGACUUGGUCAAGAAAAAGGUCUCGCAAUAUCUGGAGUUGAUUGAGAUGAGGGGCACGGAGCCACACGAGAUCUUCUCGAGCUUGCAUUAUUUCUCCAUCGACAGCAUUACGCACUUCUUGUACGGGUCGAAGCAUGGCGGCACCACCGCGUUGACACCGCGCUCGCUUGAUCAGAGAUUACUGAAUGAUAUACUCGAUCCCGCUCGACGGCAGCUGAGCUGGUUUGCAGUGCACUUGCCGUCUCUUACGAAAUGGCUGUACUCGAGAUCAGGCUACAUAGAGCGCAUCAUUCAGCCACUACUCCCCAUGCAAAAGCCGGCAACGUACACAGGAAUCCGUGCUCACGCUCUCCGAGCUUUGCAGAGCUUCGAGGCUGCUGUCACGGCUGAUCCUGUGGCUGCUACAGCAGAACCAACAAUCAUCGCGCAAUUGUGGAAGUCGCACAGUAGCAUCAAAGAAGCUGCAGCUGGGGGUCUCGACUCUCUAGAUAUUGCAUCUGAAUGCGCUGAUCACUUGCUCGCUGGCAUCGAUACGACGGCAGACUCGCUCAUGUUCCUUAUCUGGGCUGUUUCGCAGCCUCAAAAUGCACACAUACAACGACGCCUAAUUGACGAGCUCCACUCGCUGCCAGCUGAGGUAUUUGAGCAAGGAGUUCCAGGGCUCCAUGUCGUCGACUCGUUACCAUAUCUGAACGCAGUCAUACGUGAGACACUUCGCCUAUACAACCCACUACCGGCUUCCGAACCUCGUUCAAUUGGAAUGGAUCGGGUGAUUGAUGGCUUUCAGAUCCCAGCUGGUACAGUCGUAAACGUGUCGCCGUACUCAUUGCAUCGCAACGCCGAUGUAUUUGAAGACCCUCUACAAUUUCACCCUGAGCGAUGGCUGGCAAGUUCGCCUGACAAACUCGCAGAGAUGAAUAGGUGGUUCUGGGCGUUCAGCAGUGGUGGGAGAAUGUGCAUCGGCUUACACUUGGCCAUGGCGGAGAUGACGGCUCUAGUCGGUGCAGUGUAUCGGAGAUACAAGACGUCAAUAGCACCAGGUUUCGAAAACAAAUCUCCAGCCAUCACGUCCAGGUUUGAGACGUUUUACGAUGUGACAUUUCCGGAGAUCGAGGAGCAUGUUUGCAUGAUCAUCUUUAAACAGCAACAAGCCACAUAG